UGCUCUUUUUCUGCCUAACGUGGAAUAGUUUUCUCUCCUUUUAAUUUCGUAGAUAGUCAACUGGUUUACAAAAUGGGGUCCAAGAUCUCCAUGGUAGUACCCCAAGGUACAACCUCCAUUAGCGAGAUUCCACAUCUUGGACUUCCUUACAUCCUAUGUCGCCUAAUCACCACCGCCUUCCUCGCGUCACCGCCGACUUCCGAUGGCGGUGGUGGCUUAAAUUAUGGAAGCGGGAGCUGACUAUUGCCGCCGCCGCCGCUGCAAUCGUCUUUUUCCUCGUCGUCCUCUCUCCUUUUCCGAAAAUCUCGCACACAUUUGGAGUUACAGACGUAAUAGAUUCGGCAGCAGCUUCAGAGUGGGUGCCUUUCACGCCUCUGUCCAAAGCGCAGCGACAUUCUGCUUUUUGUUUGGACGGGAGUUUGCCUGGUUAUCAUCUAAAGAGAGGAUUUGGAUCUGGCUCAGACAGUUGGCUAAUUCACGUUGAGGGUGGAGGAUGGUGUAGCAAUAUAACAUCUUGUUCGGCUCGGAAGAGAACAAAAUUAGGUUCAUCAACUUAUAUGGCCAAACAAGAUCAGUUUUUGGGUAUCUUGAGCCAUGAUCAAGUUCAGAAUCCCGAUUUUUUCAACUGGAACAAGGUGAAAGUAAAGUAUUGUGAUGGAUCAUCAUUUUCCAGUAAUCCUGAUACCGAGUUCAAAAAUGGAACAGAACUUUUCUUCAGAGGUCAGUUUAUCUGGGACACACUUAUGGAUGAGCUAUUGACAAUCGGAAUGUCUAAAGCUAGACAGGCCCUUCUCACAGGAUGCUCUGCUGGUGGUUUGGCCAUUCUCAUACACUGUGAUGACUUUCGGGAUCUCCUUCCAAAAGAUACAGAUGUGAAGUGUCUGGCAGAUGCAGGUUUUUUCCUUAAUGAGAAAGAUAUUGCUGGAAACCACAGCAUCGAAUCAUUUUAUCAUGAUGUUGUUCGUCUCCAGGGCAUUACGAAAAGUUUGAACCGUGAUUGCGUUGCCAGAUCUGGCGAGCCCUCUAAGUGUUUCUUUCCUCAAGAAUUUAUAGGAAAUAUAAAGACCCCUCUCUUCUUUGUUCAACCAGCAUAUGAUUUUUGGCAGAUAGCAAACAUUUUGGUGCCUAAAUCUUCGGAUCCUCAUCGCAGUUGGCUCAGGUGCAGGCUAAAUAUUUGGAAUUGUGAUUCCAACCAGCUAGAAGUACUCCAUGGUUACAGAAAUUCAUUGCUCAAGACGCUAGAUAGAUUUCAGAAAAAUCCGAAAUGGGGAAUGUUUAUAAAUUCUUGUUUUAUCCAUUGCCAGACAUGGGCAGCUGAGACAUGGCAUUCACCCACAUCUCCUAGAAUCAACAACAAAACAAUUGCAGAAACAGUAGGUGAUUGGUACUUUGAAAGAGAAGCAGCGAUAAGAAUUGAUUGUCCUUUCCCCUGCAACCCUACUUGCUACAACAGAGAUCUCUCAGUUGGUUGAGAAUUACAAGAUUACAUCGGGUACGCUAUUAUCUCGUCGCUUCUCACAGUAACUGUUAAGAUUGAUUUAACAACAUGAGCCAGGACCAGUUGUAGAUGCUGCUGCCUUUGCUUCUCUAACGAAGAAUGUGAGAUUGAAAUCUGCAACUUCUUUUGGUUUGAAAUGUGUAACCUUCUGCGAUUUUUCGAAAUCUUGUAUACGACGCUCUCAAAAAAAAAAAAAAAAAAAAAAAAUCUUGUAUAUGACUGAUCAUCAUGUAACUUCAUGUCAUGAAAUUUAGUUCCUUUAUUUUAUUUUAUUUUAUUUUAUUUUAUGACUUGAUAAGAUCAAACUGAGUGUAACCACUUUGCUGA